UAAGAGGGGAAUGGGUUCGGAGACAUUCAUAGAGGUGAUACUGGCCAUUUUCAUUCCACCUGUUGGGGUUUUCCUUCGUUAUGGCUGUGCGGCUGAGUUCUGGAUCUGUUUGUUGCUGACAAUAUUGGGUUACAUCCCUGGAAUCAUAUAUGCUCUCUACGUCCUCGUUGGAUGAUUUAUAUGUAC